UUAUUCUCUUGUUUUUUCCAUGGCUAGCAGUAGCAGAUGGAGCUACAUACCUCUUGAGGGGGUGAUUGCUGCAGCAUGUUGCCUGGGGAAUGUGCUGGUGAUCUGGGCAGUGAGAACAGGUGGAGCUCUCAGGCAGCCCACCUUCUGCUUCAUCACGGCUCUGGCAGUGGCUGAUUUUCUGGUGGGGUCGGCGGCCAUUCCUCUGUCUGUUCUGGUGGACAUUCAUCUGAAGAUCUCUUUUCACGCCUGCGUGUUCAUGUGCUGCGCUUUCAUUAUGGUAAAGAUAGUUUCUGUAGCUUUACUCCUGGCCAUCGCAGUGGAUCGCUUUCUCAGAGUCUACAUCCCUUUCAGGUAUAAAUCUACAGUCACUCAUAAACGCUCCUGGAUGAUGGUAGUUCUUUGUUGGGGCAUUGCUGCAGUGUGGGGAUAUAUCCCUCUGUUCGGAUGGAACGAUUACACUACAUUGGACAGAGAAAACCAAAGCAGUAGAAACUCCACCAGCUUCGAGUGCAGUUUCAUGACCAUUAUCCCCACUUCAUAUCUUGUAAACUUCAUAUUCUUCAGCUCUUUACUUCCUUCUCUAGUUAUUAUGGCAGGGUUGUAUUUGUACGUCUUUCUGACCACUAGAAGGCAGUUAAGAGCCCAUAUCGGUGAGACUCCAGUGUCCAGCACAGAUUAUCAUAAAGAGCACAAGCUGGCCAUCUCAUUGGCUCUGGUCUUGGUUCUGAUUUGUGUCUGUUGGCUCCCUCUGUUCAUUAUUCUGACUGUCAGAUUAUAUGUUCGCAGCAUUAAGGUUUCCUCUGCUAUCAUUCACUCAGGUGUUGUUCUGUCUCAUGUUAAUUCAGCUCUUAAUCCCAUAGUAUACGCCUUCAGGAUCCCCAAGAUAAAAGAGACGUGUGUGAAUCUGUGGAGGAGAUUUUACCACAAAGAGCAGCUGGGAAAUAAACACAGUGAUGGUGCUGACUGCAAUAGAGGCAGCAAUGCAAAAAAUAUCAGUACCAUACUGGAGGGGGCAGUACACACUCCAGCUGCUACUCAUAACUCAUGACAAACUGUAAACCUAAAGUGCUCUGAGUGUACUAUAAUUAUUAUAUUAUGUCACAUUUUUUAUUUGUCUAAAUUGUAAAAAAAAUGCCAUAUAUUGUUAUUCCGCAC